UUGCGCGCCCGUGCGUCAUCGAUUGCUCGCGUGUUGCUUGAUGUACGACAGGUCCUCGAUAAACUUUCUUCUGUAUCUCGACCGCGCGCUGCCACAUCGGCCGCCCGUACGCCCAUCUCUUCUCCGUCGGCCGGCUCCUCGAAGACCCCUGUGACGCCUCCGUCAGGGGGCUCGUCGUCUAAGUCCUCCCGCACUUCAUCCGCACAGCCCCGCAUACAACCAGCCUCCACCAUGACCCUCAAUGGCCGCCGCCACAGGCCAACGCCUUCUGGCUCUGACACCGAGCGCGAGACCAAACGUCUGUCCACGCAGUCGAAGUCGUCAUCCGAAGACCAGGCGGCCACUCCACCUACAGGCUACACUCAGUCUCAUCUAUCAUCCAUGCGCGAGAGGCGGGGCUUGUCUCCCCCUCCCUCCCCGGCGAGGGAACCUCGACCCCUGCGGGACAGGAUUAGAGGUGCCUCUCCAGAUCCUUCGACGCGAACGCCCUAUAAACGUCUAUCGGCCACGAAGUCAACAUACGAGGGCCGCAGCCACACGGAAACCACCGGCAAACGAGAUGUGGCGGCAGCUGCGUUGGCCGCGCUCGAAUCUCUCCGACGAGACCCGAUAGGUACUCGGACACGGCAAUUAGUGUCAAGACAGAGCCGCGAGCAGGACCUAGAGAUCAAGAGUGCGCACGGGAAGAUUCACGGUCUACAAACGAUACCUCCGCCUCGCAGCGAGAGAUACAGUGGAACAGCCCAGGAGUCGCCUACUCGAUCGAGAGUUGCUGCCAUCUCGCAACUGUCUCCGCAGCGAACAGGAACUACACGGACAUCGACUGCGCGUGAUUUGACGAGGCAUCCAACGAGAUGGCAGUCGGAGGAUCUCUCCACCCGCGUUGACGAGAGUGAGGGGCCUCUCACAAACGGAACCAAUGCUGUGAGCCCUGGACGACGUUUAGGGCACAAGGUCGGCACUUCGGAGAGUCAUAUCUCGCCUUCAAGUUGGCGAACUUUGACAAGCGACCGCCUUCGUACUGCGGGUUCGACGAGGCAGAGAAACGUUGGGGAGGAUCCCUUCGUAAACGGCACGGCAAGUUCUGCUACGGCUAUGCGGAGAACGAAGUCCACUGGUCCUCCGACCGCUGAAGCAGUAGACCGGGAACUGCCGACGGCCCAAACGAGAUCGAGAGAGCGUGUAGUGGAGGGCUUUGGGCCUCCCAGCGCCCCCCGGACCGAACGGACACCGCUGACGAGCCUCCAGAAAUACAAGGAGCGCAAUAGCUUCUCAGCUGGUUUGCUCCCUCGACCCGGGACUUCGAUGGCAGCAUUGCAUCACGAUAAUCCUGACUACGUUCCACCAAGGACUGCGCCAUCCCGAUUACGUACAUACAGAUCAACAUACACUCUUGCAGAUCGCGAAAAGAUCGCGACCCCUCAUACACAGCAUGAGUUCGCGCGAAUUUCGGCGGAACUUGCAUAUGCGUCUCCACUCACGAUGCAGAGGUCUACCUCAGGGUCGUCUACAUCGGGACAUGACUCACAUAGCGAGCAUCGCCGGCUGAUGCUCGAGGCGCUCUCAAUGUUCGAGUCUCACCUGUCGCGUCUCCCGCCGAUGGGUCAAACGACGACGAACACGAUCCCGGAGCUCUUCCAGAGCGCGCAACAUCUCGUCCACUCGCUCGAUAUGCUGAACGGCAUGCUGAAGCUGGACACGACCAAGGCGCUCGAGGCGCAGAUUGAAGCGGAGAUCGCAGACGGCAACGAGGAGGUUGACCUUGCGGAGCUGUGGCGUUCGGUCGGCGCGGACUACAGGGAGAGCUUGCGGAUCAGCGACGAGGUGGUGCGAAGCAUGACGGAUUUCUUGCUGGGUGCGGGGAAGGUUCUGCGCGAGGCAAGCACCCUACAGGGUCAACAGCAGCAUCUACGGACUGUGAGCUUAGAUGAAGACGCUCCGAGAAGAUCCGCGCUAGAUGCUAGUCUGCCCACUCCCAGCGCCAGGAGUUCUGAGGAUGCGAAGAGCAGGGUGACAAGGCGGAGCUGGGAGGCGCGAGAGCAGACGGAACAAGUGACGAGGCUGUCAAGUCGAAGUAGAGAGCCAAGUCGCGUUCGCGCUGCGUCACCUGUAAUGAGGGGCUCAGCAGCUUCGAGCAGCGAGGGACGGAGUGUCGCUGGUGCGGUUGGGGAGCAUACGCCACAGACGGUGCGGAAUGGGUCUCAACUCACGCAUUCGUCGUCGGUCCGACGGCUCUUAAGCACCAGAGAGCAACGAGCGGCGCCACAGCUCGCUCCCAUCAGCACCUCUCUGGGUCAUCAGACGUCUUCGUCCUAUCAGUACGAGCCCUCCCCGACACCGUUGACCAGAAUCUCGCGCUCUAUGGUCAUUGAGCGUCCCCGCACGUCUGCAUCUGUUCUCGCGAAGCCCUCAUUGGCCACUUUGCCAUCGGAGUCGCUGCUGAGCCGCCAUCAAAGCAUCACCGACACGAGCAACCGUCGUAAGAUCUCAUCCAGCUCGAACAUGACUAUCCGGGCGGACCCCUCGACGUUCAGCUCGGUCCUCAAGCCGUCGAACGCGACCACCGCUGUCACUACCGCGACCGUGUCUGCGCAGACCUCGCCUGCGGACAUAGACGCGCCAUAUCCGUACAACGACGAGUCUCCUUCUGAGCGCAGACCUGCGCGCAGCGUUGUGAACGGCACGACUCCUGGUCGUCUGCCGUCGAGGUCGGUAUCUACGCUGAAUGGCUUGCAGCAGCGUGAGCCGGGCUGGCUGCAUGCGAUGCUCGACUCUCCCCACCCGGAUGAGGAAGAACCUGUUACGAGGCUUGCGCCGGCGGCGCCGAUCUCGGGGUCAGAAACGCGGCGGACACUGGGCUUGCGCCCGCGGACGUCGAUGGAGAGGGAAUACAACGAGUUCGGCGUCCUUGAGAAUGGCCGAAACACCAUAGGGAGUCGAAGGGCGAGCGCGACGGCAUCGAUGUUGUCGCUUGCGAGCAGGGAACGGAGGAAGACGGUCACGGAAGUGUUCCAGCGGUAAUUAUCGUAUGAUGUGUGGUCGGUCAUAUGAUGCGUGUGGUCGUGCGUCGGUCUGGGGCGAUUGCCUGCCGGUCAAUGCGUGUUGUAUAUAGUCAUGACGUGCAAUUGUCUUCCGUCAUCCAUUUUCUGCAGCAGCAUACCCCUCUCUUUCCGCCAUCAUAAUUUGUCG